AUGGAGAACGCUUCCUUUGUACUCCGCGACAUUAAAGAUGUGGUGAUCGAGGAUCGCACCAAGCCGGAACUUAAGGAUCCUUAUGAUGUGAUGGUGCACGUCGCCCAAACGGGUAUCUGUGGAAGUGAUGUUCACUACCGUAUCGGCGACUACGUUCUCACCGGGCCAAUGGUCCUUGGCCACGAAUCUUCCGGCGUUGUCGUUGAAACCGGUAGCAAGGUCAAAGACCUCAAGGCUGGCGACCGUGUAGCUCUUGAACCUGGCAUACCGUGCCGUCGCUGCAAAUACUGCCGCAAGGGCUCUUACCACCUUUGCGGUGACAUGAUCUUCGCUGCCACCCCCCCCCCCCCCUGGGAUGGCACCUUAGCCAAGUACUACGUGAACGCGGCCGAUUUCUGUUACAAGGUUCCUGACUCAAUGGACCUCGAGGAAGCAGCCAUGGUGGAGCCUGUUUCGGUGGCUGUGGCUAUCUCUAAAACGGCGGAUCUCCGUGCUCACCAGACGGUGCUAGUUUUCGGAUGCGGACCAAUUGGUGUCCUCUGCCAGGCUGUGGCAAAGGCGUGGGGAGCGAAGAAGGUUAUUGGUGUCGACGUCGUUGCGUCCAGGAUUGAGGUUGCCAAUUCAUAUGGUGCAGAUCAAACGUUUAUGCCUCCUAAGCCAGAACCGGGUACGGAGCCUAUGGUGCAUGCAAAGAAGGUGGCUACUAUGCUGAAGGAGCAAUGUGGCCUCGGCGAUGGUGCGGAUGUGGUUUUGGAAUGCUCUGGUGCUGAGCCAUGUGUCCAACUUGGUAUAUAUGCUGCCAAGCGAGGCGCCACGUUUGUGCAGGCUGGUAUGGGUAAGGAGAACAUCAGCUUUCCAAUUACUGCGGUUUGCACCCGGGGAUUGAUAAUCAAGGGUUCAAUCCGGUACUUGACUGGCUGUUAUCCGGCGGCCAUCGACCUGAUCUCGAGUGGUCAGAUUAACGUGAAGCCAUUGAUUACGAACCGGUUCAAGUUCGAGGAGUCGGAGCAUGCUUUUGAGCUGGUGAAAGCGGGGAGACAGGACGUUUUCAAGGUGAUGAUUGCUGGUGUGCAAUAA